AUGGUCAAUGAGCACAACACAACGCUCUCCUUGCAAAUUGCACUUGGGAUCUCGUUGAGCCUCCUUCCAAUGCCAACACGGUGUCUGGCUCCGCGUCUCUGGUAUGAUCGUUUCGUGGCUCAUCUCACCACGCUUGGCUUCUCAAGUUCCAAGUAUGACCCAUCCUUGUUCGUAUACAAGCGUGACACCGGCGUUACGUAUCUCCUUUUGUACGUGGACGAUAUUGCCCUUACUGCCUCGUCUACUGUGUUCCUCCAAUGUAUCAUCCGUGCUCUUUGCUCUGAGUUCAAGAUGACUGAUCUAGGUGUCCUGCACCACUUCCUGGGGAUCGCAGUUUCUCAUAACUCUUCUGGCUUAUUUCUUUCGCAAGAAAAUUAUGCUGUUGAGCUUCUUGAUAGCGCCGGCAUGUCCAACUGCAACGUGGUCACCACAUCGAUUGAUAAGUCUGCCAAGCUGCCCACUAAUGCCAGUCCGUCGGCGGCCGACCCCUCGGCUUAUCGCAGCAUGGUUGGAGCCUUGCAAUACUUAACAUUCACCCGGUCUGCUCUUGCAUUUGUUGUCCAGCAAAUUUGUUUGCGCAUGCAUGAUCCACAUGAAGCUCACCUUCUUCUUAUUAAGCAUGUGCUUCGUGAUGUCAAGAGUACUGCUCGCUUUGGUCUUCAGCUCCACCGCUCAUCGCCAUCCAAACUUCUGGCCUAA